CGACUAGACGGAUACCCAGCAAACUCGCACAUAAACACAACCCGGCAGCAAACAUGGCGGCGAUACCCAACGUCAAGCUCAACAGCGGCAAGGAGAUGCCCCUGGUGGGCUUCGGCCUCUGGAAAGUCCCCAACGACGUCUGCGCCGACGUCGUCUACAACGCCAUCAAGGUCGGCUACCGUUUGUUCGACGGUGCUUGCGACUACGGCAACGAGGUCGAGUGCGGCCAGGGCGUGGCGCGCGCCAUCAAGGAGGGCAUCGUGAAGCGCGAGGACCUCUUCAUCGUGUCCAAGCUCUGGAACACGUUCCACGACCACGACCGCGUCGAGCCCAUCGUGCGCCGCGGCCUCGCCGACUGGGGCAUCGACUACUUCGACCUGUACCUGAUCCACUUCCCCGUCGCGCUCGAGUAUGUCGACCCGGCCGUGCGCUACCCACCGGGCUGGCACUACGACGCCGAGGGCAAGGAGAUGCGCCGGUCAAAGGCCACCAUCCAGGACACGUGGACGGCCAUGGAGAAGCUCGUCGACGCCGGCCUGGCCCGCUCCAUCGGCGUAUCCAACUUCCAGUCGCAACUCCUCUACGACCUGCUGCGCUACGCCCGCAUCCCGCCCGCCACGCUCCAGGUCGAGAUGCACCCCUACAACGUACAGCAGGACCUGGUCCGGCUCUGCGCCAACGAGGGUAUCCAGCUGACGGCCUACUCGUCCCUGGGCCCGGCCUCGUUCGUCGAGUUCCACUUCCCGCACGCCGACCGUAUGACGCCCCUGCUGCAGCACCCCACCAUCCUCGACGUGGCCAAGAAGGUCGGCAAGACGGCCGCCCAGGUCCUGCUGCGCUGGUCCACCCAGCGCGGCAUUGCCGUCAUCCCAAAGACCACGUCCGAGGAGCAGCAGCGCCAGAACCUCGACAUCCUGGCCUGGGACAUUGCCGCCGACGACCUGGCCAAGAUCACGGCCCUGGACCUCAAGACGCGCUUCAACGAGCCCGUAAAUUACUUCCCGGGCUCAACCCUCUACAUCUUUGGUUAAAUGCGGGCGCGUUCUGUUUUUUAUUGCCCGGCUGCUGUCGACCAUUAGAAUCCCGGAGGAUGACAUUUGCACCUCGAAACCACGAGGAUUGUCUGUUCCUGUCUUCCCUCUCGAUCCUAGGACUACACGGUAGUAUUUUGCUAGUUGGCAGCCGUUAAUGAUUUUCAUGACCUAAACUCUUGUUCGACUCCUACGUAUAAAG